AUGGUGGUCGAAGGACAGCAUCAUCGUUUUCAUGCAGGAGAAAUGGUGGAAAUACACAUUAUAGCACUUUUAAGCCAGCUAAAAAAACAGAUGUGCUUUACUAGUGUGGUUGAUGUCAAGAAAGCUGUUGGAGCUGGAAAAGAGAAUGAUCGUAGUGCAAGUGCAAUACGUCGAGAAUUAAUGAGACUGCCAAAUUCUCAGCAACCAGAUAUGCCCGAUCACUAUAGUGCAAAAAAUACUGAUGACUUUAUAGCAUCAGAAUCAGAUAGACAAACGCUUCUUAUAAAGCAGCAGGAAGAGGAGUUGGAGGACCUUAGAUCAAGUGUCCAGAGAAUCGGAGACGUCGGGCUUACUAUACACAAAGAACUCUUUGCACAGGAGAAUAUAUUAGAUGGGUUGGGAACCGAAAUGGACAGCAGAAAAAACCAACUGGAUUUUGUUCAGAGAAAAAUGGCUAUUAUUAUGAACAAGGCUGGCGCUAAGGGCCAAAUAAUGAUAAUAAUAUUUUUGCUAGUUCUGUUCAUUCUGGUCUUCUUCAUCGUAUAUAGGCGGAGCAGAAAUUUGAAAUCGCCUUCAAUGUGGAGGAAGGCGGGGGUUUCAGGUGACAUUGGAUUUGCGAAAAUGAUGAGGAAUGAGUACCCUAUUCUGAUCUACGACUCGUUUGAAUUCGGAAUCGACAGUGAUUCAGAUAGCAGCAAUAAUAUUCAUAGUAAUAGUGGUGAUUUUGUGACUUUAGGAGGUUUGUUUGAACCGAUAAUUGAUAUUUCGGAGCUGACAUGGCGGCCUGAAUCGCUUCCCACCUUAUAG